AUGUUGCGCGGGGAGGGAUCGUCGGGGCUCGGAAGGUUCCCGCUGCAGUACAAUUUUGUCAUCGACCACGCUGAUAAACUGCACCAAACCCAGCCAUAUUGUGCUGUGGGCACUGCUGAAGGUGGAGAUGUCGGCGCCGGCGAAGUGGGUGGAUACGGAGAACAAAUUUCAGUUUUGGUCCGACCGGUGCCCUCCUCGGCGUCGAACGCCUCGUUGGUGAGGAUUGCUUGCUCUACCGGUGGCACUGUCGUGGGCAGCCGUAGCGAUGUAGCUGCAGCAUCGGUUACCUUGAGCGAUUUCAACCCCCUAGUUUUGAGGGCUCUGGAGACUAACGUGGCUCUCAACUCGCCUCGCCUGAUAGCGGGUAUUGCGGCGGGCGGGGGAGUGCCUGGCGAUCUUCGGCGGGAUGCCUCGAACUGCGACGAAGAGACUGAGGCAACCGUCCAACAUGGAACGGUACACGUGCGACACCUCGAUUGCAACAAGCUAGAGGGCGUGUCGGGGGUCGGCGCGGACAACUGCCGGUCGUGCUCUGUUGUUGAACAUGGGGGUGGCCAUACUCAAGCCGCAGGGUUUCAGCCUAGAGAGGAUACCGACAACAGCAAUUUUGACAACAGCGAGCCCAGCAGUUACGCCGCGGAGUCAUGCUUCCCGCGGGACGGUUGUGUAAAUAGGGUGUCGCGAGAAGAAGACGGUGGGGUCAAGGGUAUCGAGCAUGAGUAUGAUGGGGUUAAGAGCAUCGAGCAUGGGGAGCGGUUCGACGUCAUGAUUGCCUCGGAUCACAUGUAA